CGGGGAGUCCCCGUGCAGGGCAGCGAUCCCACUGGUCAAUGGCCGCUUCGGAUACUGUGUUCUGCACUUAGCCCUGGCCACCCGACCCCGUCCACCUGCUCCGGCGCGGGGUCCAUCAAGAAGCCUGAUCAAUGUCCGGCGGCGAUGCCCGUCCCUCGGGCUUUCGGGCGGUCGAAUGCCGGUGAGCAUGCCGGGGCCGAGCGGACGUCAUCCUCUUGAAUGCUCGACUUGGAGGCUGCAAUUCAACCCCUGAACGAUAUCCAGAACCAGAUGGUCCCCAAGCAGUCUGUUUUGACCUGUGACUUGACCUGUUUGGCAAACUGUCGGCGAAUUGAAUGGGUGAAACGAGAACGUAGAACCCCUACCAAUAGCAUUCUUUCACAAUGAAGUUCCGUGAUGGCAUGUGGAUGACGGCCGAGGGCUUCAACGUCGAGUAUGCCGAGGAGACGUACGAGAUCACGCAGACAGAGAAAGGGCUCAGCCUUCUCUGCCCGACGCGCAAGAUCUUCACCAGGGGAAACACGCUCAACACGAGCACGGUCACCAUUGACAUCGAAGCCGCCGCCGAGGGCAUCAUCUCGGUCGAGACCACCCACUGGGCCGGCGCACAGAACCGAGGCCCACACUUUGAGCUCUUCCCGGACGGGAAGCCUGCAGUGGAAGCCAAGAUCAGCAGCGACGAGGCGGCCGGAACCACGACGCUGAGCGCGGGCUCGCUGUCGGCUGUCGUGACCAACCCGGGGGAGCAACACGCCUUUGACAUCCGGUUCCGCGGUGCCGCGUCGUCCUCGUCCUCGGGCGCGAGAGAGAGCGAGAGCGAUGGCACACGGCACCUGACGGCGCUGCUGGGGCGGAGCGUAGGGCUGGCGUACUCGCCGGCGUGGAGCAACGCGAUGCAGACGGGGGACAUGCGGGACUUUUCGCACUACAUGUUUACGCAGACGCAGCUGUCGGUCGGGGAGACGGUGCACGGGCUGGGGGAGCGGUUCGGGGCGUUCAACAAGGUCGGGCAGAGCGUGACGCUGUGGAACGCGGACGGGGGCACGUCGAGCGAGCAGGCGUACAAGAACGUGUCGUUCUGGCUGAGCUCGCGCGGGUACGGCGUCUUCAUCGACCACCCGGGCAGGGUCGAGCUCGAGGUCGGCUCGGAGCGGUGCACGCGGGUGCAGACGAGCGUCGAGGGCCAACGGCUCAAGUGGUUCCUCAUUGACGGGCCGACGCCGCGGGACGUGCUGGCGCGGUACGCGAUGCUGACGGGGAGGCCUGGGACGCUGCCGGCGUGGAGCUUUGGGCUGUGGCUCAGCACGAGCUUCACGACGAGCUACGACGAGGAGACGGUGCGCGGGUUCCUCGAGGGCAUGCGGGCGCGGGGCACGCAGGUCGACGUGUUCCACUACGACUGCUUCUGGAUGAAGGGGUUCCGCUGGACCGACUUUGUGUUUGACGCGGAGCGGUUCCCGGACCCAAAGGCCCAGAUUGCGCGGCUCAAGGCGUCGGGCUUGGUGAGCAAGGUGUGCGUCUGGAUCAACCCGUACAUCGCGCAGCACGGGGCCGCCUUCAGGGAAGCCGCAGCCAAGGGGUACCUGCUGAGGCGCAAGAACGGCGACGUCUGGCAGUGGGACCUGUGGCAGGCCGGCAUGGCCCUCGUCGACCUCACAAACCCGGCCGCCGUCGCCUGGUACAAGGCCUGCCUCGCCACGCUGCUCGACGUCGGCGUCGACGCCCUCAAGACCGACUUUGGCGAGCGCAUCCCCACCCGCGACGUCGCCUGGUUCGACACGAGCGUCGACCCCGAGCGCAUGCACAACUACUACGCCUUCCUCUACAACAAGGUCGUCUACGAGGCCCUCCAGGCCCGCCACGGCAACAACGAGGCCGUCCUCUUUGCCCGCGCCGCCUGCGCCGGCACCCAGCGCUUCCCUUUAGUCUGGGGCGGCGACUGCGAGUCCACCCCGGAGGCCAUGGCCGAGUCGGUCCGCGGCGGCCUGGGUCUCGGGCUCUGCGGCUUCUCCUUCUGGUCCAACGACAUUGGCGGCUUCGAGGGCAGCCCCCAGCCCUGGAUCUACAAGCGCUGGGUCGCCUUUGGCCUGCUCUGCUCCCACAGCCGCCUCCACGGCAGCUCCUCCUACCGCGUCCCCUGGACCAUCGACGCCGACGACCCUUCCGACCAGGGGUGCUCCGCGGUCCUGGCCCGCUGGACGGCAGUCAAGACCAGGCUCAUGCCGUACCUCUUUGCCCAGGCCGCCGUCGCCGUGCAAGGGGGGCUGCCCUUGUCCCUGCGCGCCAUGUGCAUCGAGUUCCCCGACGACCCGACCUCGUGGUAUCUCGACCGCCAGUUCAUGGUCGGCGACAGCCUUCUCGCAGCCCCCGUGUUCGAAGAGUCGGGCGAGGUCCAGUUCUACCUUCCCCAAGGCUCCUGGACGUCCCUCUUCACCGGCCAGGUCCGCCAGGGCCCCGGUUGGUUCACAGAGACGCACGGCUUUGACAGCAUGCCCCUCUAUGUGCGCGAGGGCACCAUCCUGCUGCUCGGCAAGAAAGGUGUAAAGGGCAUCGUGUACGACUACGAGGCCGACGUCGAGGUCUGUGUGUUCCAGGGCAAGCCCGGGGGUUGGUCCUCCUCUAGUGCCGCGGCGGUCGUGGACAAGUCCGGCAAGAAGCUGGGAACCAUCACCGUGGGCGAAGACGGCGAACUGCAGGGCACCGAUGUGUUGCGGGGAGCUUGGUCGAGGUCGGCGGUAGAUGCGUUGAGACUGUAG